CUUUACACGCUACUAGUAGUAAUUUUGUUGUUGUUGUGUUCUGCGGUACGGAAAAUGUCGCUUCAUGUCAUUCGACUGUUCCAUUCAUAAUACGAACCGUACACUUCUGUCAUCACAGUCAAGUCAAUACCUCAUCGCCAAACAAAGCAUCAASCAUGUCCAAAGAAGAAACAGCCGUAGCGACAGCARCACCCGMCAUGUGCAAAGUCGUGGCCCCUGCCACUUUGRAGGAAGGAGCAACCUUCGAAGCCACCGUCGACGGAAAAACCUUCACCGUAACCGUCCCAGCUGGUGGCGUCAAGAAAGAAGAUGUGUUUGAGGUGCCUUAUCCAGUCAACGAGGCCGCUGCCUUUGUGGUYCCUAGCAAGAAAUUCCGUAACGGACUUUGUGAUUGCUGCAGCCAGUGCUGCGCCCUCUUUAUGAUGGGUUGGUGCUGCUACCCCUGCUUGAUGGSACAAGGUACGUUUCUUUACUUUCAUUUGUUCCAUUCGAUUCGCRCGGACCGAAGGAACUUGUUUUUGUUGGCGAGGAUAUCAUGCCUUUUUCGACCAAGUCUUGUYGAAGAUUUAUUCUCACACACGGGUUGAUCUCUUCCUUCAUUCCCAUCCUCGAUGCUUUUGAAGUCAUUGAGCGCCUCAACUUUAACUGGACUGGGUGCCCACGUSUCAACGCGGACGGCAGCCCAGACACGAGCAAGAGGCCUUCCAUUUGCUUGACCUACACCRUCAUCACCGCAGUGAUGAUUAUCAUCGCGUCCGUUCUCAACGGCRUCUUCGCAAACAGCGAAAGCCUUCGUGGAUUAGGUUCUCUCAUUUAUUAUCCUUGGGCUUUCUACAUUUUUGUUDUUUCGGUCUGCACCCGCAUGAACAUGCGCAAGAAGUUCGACAUCGACCCUUCUUGCUGUGGUGAUGGCUGCUGUGGAGAUUGCCUAGCCGUCUAUUGCUGUCCUUGCUGCUCCGCCAUUCAAAUGGCCAGUCACACCCAUGAGAAGGAAACUUAUAGCUACAACUGUGGCUCCAAGACCGGUCUGCCUGCAGGUGCUCCAGAGAUUGUUUAAGGAAGAAAUCAAAAGAUCGAGGGAAUGGCRUGUGCAAACACAAUCAAGUAGCAACAUCCACUACCUGCAUGCGUUCGUGAAGUCGCGAAUCCGAUCUAGACGAAAAGUUGAGAAGAACACAUCGGUAUGCUGUGCUCACAAACAGCAGUAACAACAUCUAUCUCGAACGAUGAAUGAUGAAUGAUGAAUGAUUGCUGUUUCUGGCAUGCAAAGAUUGGUUUUCUCCUCUUCAUUUUCUUACAGUCAUUUUAUGUUACAUGUUUAAACGAGUAAUCAUCCRUGAGCAAGCACUAUAUAAUUGCGAUCGAGAAAAACCAAGUGAAUCUGAAUAACCCUAUAAAUGAUGA